UUUUCAUUACAGAUUACGAUGAAUGCAAACACUUCGGCUACAACUGUCCACAAGGUUCAUCUUGUGUGAACAAUGAUGGCUCUUACAAGUGUCGGUGUGAUAGUGGAUAUCGGCGGAAUGCAGCUGGCAAUUGUUCGGAUAUAGACGAGUGUAAGUUGGGUCUUUAUUCGUGCCACAAAUUAGCCCAGUGUGUGAAUAUUCCUGGCUACUACGAUUGCAGAUGUAACGCAAGCUACGGAGGCGACGGCAAACAAUAUUGUGGUGCACCCGUGGUGAACGCUACCAGCACCUGUCCAAACAAGACGGUUGAGUUAACUACAAUAGAUGGCAUUAUACAGUCAAAUAAGCGUGGAGAGUGGUACGAAAACAGUAUGGAUUGUCAGUGGAAUAUAACUUCAAAUGCAUGGGUGGAACUUACCUUCGAUGGUUUUGACACCGAGUACCUUGACGAUUACCUAACUGUAUAUGAUGGCACAUCACUCUCCUCCCCGGUUAUUGGAGAAUUUAGUGGAUCCAAGCGACCUCUUCCUCUCGUAAGCUCAGCGAACAACCUUUACGUGAGGUUUACAACCGAUGCCGCCCAAAAUAAACAAUACAAGGGCUUUCGUGCAAAAUACCGAGUCAUUACAGGAGGAUCCAUCCGUAUAAACAACAGCUCACCAAUACCAUCACCUGAGGGGAGAGUUGAAAUCUUUUACGAUGGUAAGUGGGGCACAAUCUGCGAUGACGGAUGGGAUAUGAACGAUGCUAACGUCUUCUGCAGGCAACUUGGCUUCACUCGCGCUCUACGAGCAUACAGCAGUGCCACCCAUGGUCAAGGAACUGGUCCAAUUUGGAUGGAUGACGUGGCAUGCUCAGGGAGUGAGGCCCAUAUGCAUGAAUGCAGACACCGUGGGUGGGGCAACCAUGACUGCACACACAGCCGAGAUGCCAGUGUGAGGUGCUCUUAUGGAUCUUCUGUCGUUCGCCUGGCUGACGGAGGUCUUCACUUUGGUCGUGUUGAAGUGUACGUCUACGGACAGUGGGGAACGGUGUGUGAUCACUCCUGGGGUAUAAAAGAAGCGCAUGUGGUGUGUCGCCAGCUGGGAUUUACCGGUGCAGCUUCCGCAACUUACCAUGCAACAUUCGGCCCUGGUUCUGGCCGUAUCUGGAUGAAUAAUGUCCACUGUGGAGGAGGAGAGUCGUCGCUACUUAACUGUCGUCACGAUGGAUGGGGAAAUCACCACUGUAACCGUUGGUGGGAUGCAGGGGUGGUCUGUAGCAUCUAGAUGGCUUGGAACGACGCCGAAACUUGACCUGAGAAAGUUCUAAUAUUCGCUGAUUAAGAAUCUUAGACACUGUGGUCUGUAGAAUAGUAACAUUAAUUCGCGUUACUGCAUUAUUGAAUUAACUUUUGUUUUAUGUCACAAUUACCAGCGUCUCAUGGAUUUCUCGACAUUUCUGACUCCCAGUAACAGAGAAAUAAUGUCCAAGACCGCUCUAGUAGACAAGUGUAUUUCCUACAGUAAUUCAUUUUUAACGCGUUUUUUAUCAAGCUAUCUCUUUCUUUUAAGAAAAAAAAUCGUGGGAUAUAUUCAUUUCUAUAGGGAGCACUAUAAGGAGCGAAGCAAAGUACCCUAACUUUAAAAGUGACAAUUGGCCUCGAAAAACAAACCGCGCCGUGAGACUAUGUUUAAAUUACAAAUGCUUAGUUCCAACUUAUACGGAUUGAUCUUAAUAAUUCUUAGCACUUUUUUUCGUUUGUUAUUUCGUCCUGAUUGUUUUUGUUGCUGUUUUUGUUAGUUUUAGUUUCGCGAUGAUCCCCUUGAUUCUGAGCAUUCAUUUUUUGUUGGUUAGACAUUUGCUAUCCAAAAAACAAAAAAAAACAAAAAAGAAGAAACAAAAAUAAAUCCUAAAACAUAGACAUAAAACUGGCAAGUUAAUGAAAUCGUCAAUAUCCGGAACUGCUAAUAUCGAAAGGAUAGUUUCGGGUAAAUUAUGUAGAAUUAAGAAUUACGCACUUCAACCAAAGACUGUCAGGAAACAGAAUGUGACAUGAAACUGAGUGAUAAUGUGUUCACCAAGCUUAUUUUUUUCUUUUUUAAAUUUUAGGUGGCUUAUUAGUAGCUUUCCGCUUAUCAGCGUUAGCAAAUCAAAUGUAUGAAAUGUAUCCCAUUUAAAGGUUUAGAACAAUAGCCUACAUUACUCAGUAGGUAAUCAUUUCUUUUUUUUUUUUGUUUAUCAUUGGUUACGAAACUAAAAGCCGUAUUAGUCAAUGAAACACCGCUAGAAAAAUAAGUUUUCAAGCAACCACCAUGGCAACGUCAAAGACGACUUCUAUCACUUGUAAAGGUCGUUCUGCCAACCAAUCUUCCGAAUUUUUUGAGAUCCGUUCAGUCUACUUAUCUGACUUAAAAUACGUAAAGCAACCGCGUUAAAUUUGCCGUUGUUGUUCCGGAAUCCCGAAAAACCCUCAGAGAUCUGUUGAAUGAUUUCACCAGCUAUAAUUUUGCAGAGAACAACUAAGGAUGCAACAAACAUUCAGGGCGUUUGCUCGUUGUCGUUGCCGUUUCCAUUCGGUGGCUUGCUUAAUGCCGUACAAAUCCAAGUAACUUAGGAAUAACCGCUUUAAAAAAAGUAGUUUCUUAGCCGUAAAGUAAUAAAGAAAGCGGUAGGUGUGUUUAUUA